AGGGAAUGUGGUAGCCUUUGAAGAUAAGGAAUGAACAAAGAAUGCACUGCAGCCACCCACUGAAAAGCUUCUUCAAUACCAUUAUCCAAGUAUACAACAAACAAAAUAAAGUGAAUGUGUUUUCAUAAACAACAAUCAUAGAAAUGAAGACCCUUACUCCUCUGAGAUCUCAACUCUGUUUUCCAAAACACACCACCCCUAAUCCAAAUCCCCCAUUUCUCAUCCACAUCAAAUCCAUAUCAUCACAUCUCAAACACCCAUCAUCAUCAUCAUCUGUUCCUCCAAGAACCACAACCCUCCCUAGACAGAUUGGAGUUACAAAAAAGAGUCUGAAACACAAGCCCCAAAUCCAAUCCCCAAAAACUUGUAAAGAAGAGCUCUCUUCUCAUGUUUCCCCAAAAGGGGAAGGUGGAUAUUCAAGGUUUGUGAUGAUAGGAGCAGUAACUGUUGGACUAGUGGUGUUGGUAAUGGGUGGUGGUGUGUUGGAUGAUCAAAAGGCAUUGGCUUUGGGUCCAGAAGGGCCAUUGAUGGAAGAGUUUUGGGAUAACAUGAGGAGAUAUGCACUUUAUGCUCUGACAGUGAGCACAGGUGUUGCUUACACUCUCUUGCAGCCCAUAUUGGAGUUGUUGAAGAACCCGAUCUCUGCCAUUCUCAUCAUAACAAUCUUUGUAGGCAGUUUCUAUAUUGUAUCUCAAGUCCUCAAUGCCAUGGUUGGUGUCUCUGAUUUCAGUUAUGAAUAUGGAUACUAGAUCAAGGCAAGGUGUCUCUGAUUUCAGUUAUGAAUAUGAAUACUAGAUCCAGAGAUACUUCUCUUGCUCUUGCGAAACAGUUUUAUGCUUGUUAGUCUUCAUCUUUUUUGUACUUCCUUCUUUGAUUAAUGUUUAUGUUUAUUCCAGUAACAGAUUUAAGUUUUGAACACUA